GGUGGACGGACGGACGGACAGGCGGCUGCGAAAGGAGCCCCGUCUGGCACCUCCGGCCGGGGCGGGGGGGGGGGGACCGCGGUUUCCCGUGUGCGCGGGGCUGGGGGCCGCCGAGGCAACUUUGCUGGCGGGAGGAGGGCUCGGGCGCUAUUUAUAGCGCCUGGAAAUGACGGCAGCGCUGGCUGCCUUGUAGCCUCCUCGUUACAGGGCGGGUGGUGAUGGUUUACAUAAUUGAGGGGGGGACGGACGGGGACGACGAGGCUGAGCUCGGCGAGCUGCGGUCCGGCGGGUUCCCCCCCUCGCUCGCUCCCGCCCUGCGAGGGCCCCCGGAGCCGUGCGGCGCGUCCCUGGGCCGGGGUCCGCCGGGGACGGAGCCGGCGGGCUGGAAGAGAGCUGGUCCGUGUUUGGGGGGGGGGGGCACGGCUGUAGCCCGGCAGGGUGCCGGCCAUCUGGGGGAAACGAGCCGUUGUCCUGCGGGGAUCGCUGCGAGUGGGAGAGAAAAGGGAACGGCGUCACCCGCCGCGGCGGCUUUGUGCUCUCUCGGUGAGAGAGGAGGAGGAGGAGGAGGCUUCAGCGUGCACGGAGCAGCUGCUCCCUCCCGGCGGGGAAAACCGAGCUCUGUCUCUGCCGCGGUGCGAACACCCCCGAGCAGAUAAGGAAGAUGUUUGCCUU